AAAAUAUUGACAUCACAUUUUAUUAUAAUUUUUAAAUAUUUAAACAUUUAUGCUACAAUAUAUUAAACUGUAUAUGUACACAAACAUUUUUUAGAUAAUUUUUUGAAAUGUUUAUUUAAUAAAAUGACUGUUGUUAAAAUCAUUAAACCAUAAACUGAUGUUAUCCCACUGACCACAUCCAAUAAUUUGGCAUGGCAAAAAAGUUCAGGAUGUCCUCUUCAAAACAGACCAGGAUUCAAAACAGUGGCAUGUAUGGUCUCAGAGAUAUUAACAAAAAACAUAUGUCUACUACAGUGAAUAAAACUGCUGGGUCCCAGGAGGUUUUCCUCGGAAAGUGAAGUCUCCAGCCCUCCACCUUGUGGUUGGAUGCAGUGCUGUCCAAGCAUCGCCUCAAAUUAGGCUGAAAGGUAAACAGAGGCCGGACAGCUCAUGCACCACGUUUCGCCUAUAAAUAGUCUGUAUUAUUUAUAGACUUGAACAAGAAAGUAACUAAAAUAAGCACUUUGCAACAGGCUUCACAAAUAAAAGUUUAACACGGCUCAUUAGUUAUGAUAAGUAAGCAGUGUGUGACACGCAGCAGCCGGGAAGGGCAAAGGCCUGUGGAACACUUACUGCUGAGUUUUCAUUGGACCACUUAUAAAGGGAAGGAGAAACAUUCCUCUGAUUGAACAAUAAAUGAUCUUUCAAAAUGGUCUUGAAUUACUGAUUCCCAAUAAUACGAUGCACAGUCAUCAUAUAAGGCGCCGAAAGACAAAAAAUACCUGAAUUACUUUAGAGUAAAUACAGAAAUACAAACAAUGGAUCCUAUAGUAUUUGUUGGUCAUAUUUCAUAAUAGCAAAACCCAAAAUAUCAUGUUUCCAGACUGUAUGACUGAACUGUUUUCAGUCAAUGGCAUAUCCCCAGACUAAAUGCCACAACAGCAUUUCAUGUUAAAUUGUUUUGUAUAGAAUUUGUUUAUUGAAACAAAAUAUCUUCAUAAAGAAUUCUCUAGAGCCUGGUAAAUAAAAACUGACUUUGGACCCCAUAGGAUAUAUUGUGUGAUUCCUAUAGUAUGCGUGUUGAAAAGAAAUACGUAACGUUACCAUAAACCACAAAAUAAGCUUUAAAUUUUGUUUUAUUUCAGGAAAUUGUGCUUUCAGGAAAUGUUUACUCUUACUCAUAGUUAAAUAUCUGAGGUCGGUGAGAGAAAUACACAAUAUUGUUUUUCAGCUACAAAUGUUCCUCACUCACAAACUGUCGUGUUAAAUCACCUUGCGCUUAUAUUUAUGACUUAUUAAAUUAUGCAAUUACGAUUUUGUCAAAGUAACAGUGAGAGAAAUCGUACUGUUGCUAUGGUUACCUCCUCAGACGCACGCGACGUGUAACUUGCCACUGUGUUGAAAAGGUUGUUUAAAAACUCUGCUGACACAUACUUGUGAAAGAAUACAUACUUUUAGACACCCACAUGCUUUUGUUUUGGCUUCCUUCGGGGGGAUUCAAGCCUUAAUUUGCAAGUCGCUGUGGGUCCGCGUUUCACUUGCUCUCCACUCUGGGAGGAAGACUGUUUUAUCCGCGCGUGAAACUCUCCCUCUCUCAUCGGAUUGGCGGUUUUCAGAAAGGGGGUGUGGCUAGCCGUUGCGUCUUGUUUAAAUGGGUUUGAAGCCUAGAAGAAACAGCACAUGAGUUACCGCACGCCGCAAACAAGAGGAGGAACGUGGAGAGUUUUGCUCUUAUGCUUCAUAUCAAAUACUACUAAUACUUUACGUGGAGAGAACAAGAUCAAUGAGAAGACAGUGUGGAUAGUAAAACCAUUCGUGGGAUAUUUUUUAUUUAUGAGAACUUUUUCGUGUUCAUUUACAAAUGACUAGGACAUUUGAUCAAUGAUAUCAGCAGAGCAGAUGAGAACCGAGUGAUCGCCCCAUCCUUGGCCCUUUCUGUCAAUCAAAGGUCCAACUGGAGCAAAGAGACGCCUCCUGCGUCCGGCUCUGAACAAACCCAUUUCCUGCUUGUGUUGGUCCCCUCGAGUGUUUCAAAACUGUUUCUCCAACGCUUUUUCCAGAAACUAAGACUGUUUUCCAAAGCAGAAACAGCACAGACCUCCCAGACUGAGGUGAUGGGAAGUGUGCGGGCCAACCGCUACAGCAUCGUGUCAUCAGAGGAGGACGGUAUGAAGUUGGCCACUGCUGCGGUGCCAAAUGGGUACGGUAACGGGAAGGGUAAAGUCCACACCCGUCACCAGACCCAAAGCAGGUUUGUCAAGAAAGACGGACACUGCAACGUGCAGUUCAUCAACGUAAGUGAGAAGAGCCAGCGCUACCUGGCCGACAUCUUCACCACGUGCGUGGACAUUCGCUGGCGAUGGAUGUUCGUUAUCUUCUGCUUGGCCUUCCUGCUGUCAUGGCUGUUUUUUGGAUGUAUCUUCUGGCUGGUUGCAAUAUUUCAUGGAGAUCUGGAGAACGACGGGCCUAAGUGUGUCUCCAAUGUCAGCACCUUCACGGCUGCCUUUCUCUUCUCGAUCGAGACACAGACCACCAUCGGCUACGGGUAUCGCUAUGUCACAGACGAGUGCCCCAUCGCCGUGUUCAUGGUUGUAUUUCAGAGCAUAGUCGGCUGCAUCAUUGACGCCUUCAUCAUCGGUGCCGUCAUGGCUAAGAUGGCAAAGCCCAAGAAGCGGAACGAAACUCUGGUGUUCAGCCACAAUGCUACGGUGGCCAUGAGGGACAAUAAGCUGUGUCUGAUGUGGAGGGUGGGCAACUUGCGCAAAAGCCACCUGGUAGAGGCUCACGUUCGAGCUCAGCUCCUUAGAUCUCGCACCACAGCUGAAGGAGAGUUUAUCCCUCUAGACCAGAUGGACAUCGACGUGGGCUUUGACAGUGGGAUUGACCGCAUCUUCUUGGUGUCACCGAUCACCAUCGUCCAUGAGAUCGACGAGGACAGCCCUUUCUACGACAUGAGCAAACAGGAAAUGGAGAACUCUGAUUUUGAAAUCGUAGUUAUCCUGGAGGGCAUGGUGGAGGCCACGGCCAUGACCACCCAGUGCCGCAGCUCCUACGUGGCCAGUGAGAUCCUUUGGGGACACAGAUUUGAACCCGUCCUCUUCGAGGAGAAAAACUAUUACAAAGUAGACUACUCUCGUUUUCACAAGACCUAUGAAGUGCCCAGCACCCCCCUGUGCAGCGCAAGGGACCUUGCUGAGAAAAAAUAUAUCCUAUCCAACUCAAAUUCUUUUUGCUAUGAGAACGAGGUGGCCCUUUCAAGCAAAGAGGACAAAGAGGAGGGGACUGGGGACAGCCUGGGUCCUGGCGGCACAAACACGGACACUAGCUCAGACUCUGACCACAGCCAGGCCACCGUUCCCUUAGAACCGCGGCCUCUACGGCGGGAAUCUGAAAUAUGACUGUGCAGAACUAGCGGAAAGGUUUUACAGACACCUCUUCAUACAGGCACAUUGAGCUGAACUGAGCCCCUCGGCGAGGCAGACUCAAGCUAACGGUACAGUUACGAGGAGGAAUCGACAGAGAAACUGUACAAGAGUGUUCUUACGAGUAUGCAUGGUUAAAUAAAACACAGCAUAGAGGCACUGCACAGCUAAUGAAGAAUGCACAUCAAAGGAGAGAGAGAGAGAGAGUUCCCCAUUUAGGUGACACUACCUUUUUAGACCGUUGCUUCUGAAUGACGUGAAGCCGAGAGGAUGUAACCGGUUGGCAAAACUUGAAAAUGAGCAGGCAUGUGUCCAUGUGCAGCUGUCCAAAGAUGUGAAAACGAUUCGAGCUCAGACCAAUAUUUUCAUUCAGCCUUUUACUCAUGCUGCUACCAAAGUUGAUAAUAUUGUGAAAAAUUCUGAAAUUUUACAUUGGGCAUUUUUGAAUAGCUGCAAAAAAUAAGUGCUUAAUAUUAUCAAUACGGCAUUAUACAAAUCAGAAAAAAAACAGCCAGGAGUGUUAGUCCAUGUCUUAAGUAUCACUAAAAAUUCCUGUUCCUACCGUCUAGUUAAUUAUUACAUCAUCCCCUCCUUUCUUUUCUAUUUAAAUCCACAGGUCUUUAUGUGAGGCUUUGGGUAUUUCUGGAACAACCUUUUAGGGGGCUUAGGUCUAGACCUCUAUUUGGGAAUACAGACAACUUUGUGUCUACCCUUUAAAAAAAUACUUUAAGUUGGAAGCCCUCCAUAGAACAUUUCAUCUGAAAGGAGAAAUGCACAGGAACAUGCCUGUUUAUUGCGAUAUAUAUAUCAGACAGGGUCUUUAGAUCAGUAUCAGAAUGAGAAUCACAGUCGUCACGUCCCCGUGGACAAAGAGAGUGAACGUGUUAAUGAAUGUCUUUCUACAAGUGCUGCUAUGUUGCAUAUUAUAGAGUUUUAGACUUAAACCAAAGAGUAUUCAAAGUGAUCUUUCAUAAAGAAUGCAUCAAAUCCUUUUAUUAGACGUAGGACAAUAGGACAAGUCAUGACGUGGAGUAAAAAAUAUAUAUAUUUGUAAGUGAAAAGAAAUGGUUUUUGUUUGCUUACGCACAUAUAUGGUUUAUUUUUAUUGAUUAUUUUCUUAUUCAAAGCCAAAUGUGUAUAAGACUAUGAAUAACAAAGCCCAUUGGAAAUAAGAGCUACAGGUUAGCCUACCUUAUUUUCAAACCCUCCUUUCUAUCCCGUAACUGCAGUGUUACUGUGGUUUAGUGCUACAUGAGUGACUGGGUUGGAAAAAGUUGCUAGAAAACCUUUAGAUUUAAGGUUCUAUUUGCAUGGAUUACAUAUAGUUUCAUUUACAGACUGCGUGAGUGUAUAUUGGCCGAACGGUUUGGGCUGUAAUGGAAGAAAACAAGACAGAAAACAGAAUCCACUCUCCCUUCUGACUUUAAACCUCUGUAAUAAUUAAUUAUUUCUCAAUCAACUCUAACCUCUUGUCUUGCCUGACAAACUGCAAUACAACCCUAAUGACUUGUUUGGCAGGUGUACCGAGGACUGGGUAUGUAGACUGAGAUCAUGGUACUGUGAUCCAAUGACAAUCAGAACACAGAAUCUGAGCUCAGAACCGCACUUGCACACAAAAUGUGCUCCUGAGAUAUCACUUGACGUUUGAUUGUGAUGUCUAACGUGUCUCCUCUCACCCUUGCUUUUUCUUAAAAAUUUCUUAAGUAACCCAAAACAGCCACUAGAGCAUGUUCUCCGGAAAGCUCUAUAAAAGGAGACAAUAAAAUUAGGGGAUAUUUAUUUUGAAAAUACUGCAUGUUAUGCAGCUGUGUUAAAAGUACAAAAGAGUAUCAAUUGCUAUCAAUGCUGCGUCAUCCAUAGCUUUUCUUUUUUUGUUUUUGGCAUGUCCUUUUUCAAGAGACGCUUGAUGAACAGCCAGAUACGCAGUGCACCUGGUUCUCGCCGGGCUACUUGUUCGAAAGAAAAUGCUCCUUUUAAUGACUGUGGGUCUACAGGCAGCGUUUCUUUCUUUCUGUUGUAAAUAUCCCCAUACUUUAUGCAGUCGUUUUUUGUAUCAGUCUUCCCUAUUGUACUGAAAGAAAACAAUGGAAUGUACAGAUUUUUAUAUUAUGAUUAAUAUUAUUGUUGUUCUUAUUAUAAUUAUUAUUAUUGUAAUUAUUAUUGUACAUGCUAUUUUAUUUCAUUUUUCAAUAA